AUGAUGCUGCCAGAAGCUUCAGGCCUGCCACAGCUGAGCAUCUGGAAGCAGAGCGAUGGAAUCCAGUGCAGGCCUGUGUUCUCCAACCUGGGGAGCCCCUUUUUGGAGGCAUCCGUCUCCCAGAGCCGUUACCACCCCUCCAAGGCACAGCAGUUGGGAGCCAGGAGAGGAAGGCGAUUGCCGGCUCUGAGCCCAUCUCGUCUGCAACAGAGAAACCGCCCCACCUCCUCCAAGGAGGAAGAAAUUACCAGCCCCCCGCUUCCGAGUUUCCUACCCGACUCCAGUUGUCAAGAGGUAAAACCUCCCGACUCGGACUCUGCAAGCCCCUACAACGAGUCAUGGCCUUCAACUGAGCGCAGUUCAUCCUCCCUGACCCCGGAGGGAGCAACGGCCCUUCCCUUGGAACAAACCUCUGGAACCAAGGCACUGGCCUCUCCAAAGCUCCAGGGCUCCAUCGCCCUAUUUCAGAGGAGUGACUCAAUUAUUGGCAGGUACAUCGAACGGUUCCGUUACGGGCAGCCCACUAACCGCAGAGAGCGCUGGGCACCUGGUGGCCAUUCUACUCCGUUUUGGUGGCUGGGCCAUUCCUCUUCCUCUGAAGACUCUGGCCGGCGUGAAGGGGAGCCGUGUUCCUUCAGUCCCAUGCUGGAACAUUCUGCUUCAGGAGAAUCCCAGGACUCUUCCACAGUGGAUCCCGACACAGCGAGUCUACAAGAGAGAGCAGCCAGGCUUUUGCACAGAAGCGUGUCCCCUCUGAGCAGCUGCAGGCACAUGAGUUCCGAGGGACUCGGCUCCACCCCCACAAAUUCUGAUGCAGAUCUGAUGGAGCAGGCCUCGAAGCCACUGGCGGGGCAUUAUCAUAAAGCACACCUUGAUGCUGUCUCUCGCCCCAUCCUCCAAAUAUCACCAUCCCGUUCCUCUUUGAGGCCAGAAGACGACAUCCUGUUCCAGUGGCGCCUGCGUCGGAAGAUGGAGGAAGCCAGCAAAACCAUCGCUGUGCUGCCCUCUGUAGGCUGGAGGAGUCAAUCUGCUGAGCCCGCCUACACACCUAGCAUGAUGGACGGAGCAGUUCUGAAGCCAUCAGAGCCCACCAGCUGGAGGAACAAAGACAGAGAAGUGUUUUGGACAUCUGAGGCCGAGAAAGGAUUGACUCUAGAGAAGCCUCCCUGCUGCUGCACAAACCAUACAAGAACUGGGCCAGCCUCCCAGCCGCUCCUAGAAGGCACUUCGUUCAGUGACCAGAAAGCGAUGCUCGGAAAUUCUGAGCCGAGCAGAGAACAGGGAGCGACAGAACUGAUCCCAAGAGAGGAUCCUGUUGUUGCCUGUCAGGAUUUUCUUCCCCCACCAAUGCCUGCAGGGGCUGCCAACCCGUUGGAUCCGAGCCCAUCAGACAGCUCCCAAAGGAUAACCCCACCUGUACAGAAGGUGCAGUCUGAACCCAGAGGAAAGCAGAGGCCCUGUAGGUUUGAACAUGGCAAGCUAAAAGCAGCCGGAGAUGCUGCAAAGCCAUCCGCCAGUCCUGGAAAACAUGUUCAACGUGUCUUGGGAGAGGUGGUCGCUGAAAGGCUCUUCUCCUCACCUCAAUCUCCAGCUCCCCAGAGGGCUAAACCGAAGAGAAGCUCAAAGAAACAAGGCCUGAAAGACUCUCUUCCGAACACUGUGGCCACUCCAACCUAUCCUGAGCUCCUCAACAUGGCUGCUCAGCUUCUGGAGCAGGCUGAAGAGUCAGAUGGCACCGAUUUUGAGGAGGAUCCACUGCUGCAGGUGCUCAGGAGCCAGAGGGACCUGUUGCGCAGACAGCUGAGGGCUGUGGAUACUCGGGCGGCUCAGCUACAAGGCCACCAUUCCGAUCAGGACUUCUCCCAUCCUUGACCGACUCUGAUAGGGUCUUCCUUGCCUCUCCAAUAUGCUUUGGGGAUCCCUUUCUCCAGGGAAAGGUGAACAGUGCUGGAGGCAAAGGGCUGAAUACCUCGACAGCUUGCACACUUCAAGUGCAGUUGUAUACUCUGCACCUACAGACCUGGUGUAUAUUCACAGAAGCAAACUGCACGUGCAGAGAAACCAGGCUUGGAUAUAUAGCGAUGUCCCUAGCACAUAAAUAGUGCCCUGUUUCCAUGGUUUCCUUGUGUGUGGGGUUUUUUUUUUUGACAGAACUAAAAUAAAAGUGUAUUUUUGGA